AUGUCUUCAAACGGCCACGCCAAUGGCGCGAAUGGCCAAUCCAAAGAGCGCACGCCGCUCCGACCCGGCAUCUACUCGCCAACCAUGACUUUUUUCGUCCCCGAAACGGAAGAAGUCGACAUUCCCACCGUCAAGAAGCAUGCAGUACGGCUGGCCGAGGCCGGUCUGGUUGGGCUCGUCACCAUGGGUUCCAAUGGAGAGGCCGUACACUUGAACCGCGCAGAGAAGGCAGCGAUCACGCGAGCAACGCGCGAGGCUCUGGACGAGGCAGGAUAUCAAAAUGUGCCCGUGAUUGCCGGUGCUUCUGAGCACGGCAUCAAGCUCACUAUUGAGUCAAUCAAAGAAGCUGCUGAAGCCGGUGCCGAAUACGUCCUUAUAGUUCCCCCGAGCUACUACCGCUAUGCUAUCGAUGAGGAAGCCAUCACGGAAUACUACACCAAGGUUGCUGACAGCUCACCGCUUCCUGUCAUUCUCUACAACUACCCCGGCGCAGUGUCAGGAAUCGACAUGGACAGCGAUCUUAUCAUCAAGUUGGCGGAGCACCCCAACAUCGUUGGAACCAAGUUCACAUGCGGUAACACCGGCAAGCUCACACGUGUAGCUCUGGCCACCGACUCUGUAACGACUAAGAGCAAUGGCAGCGGCUACAUGGCUUUCGGUGGUAUGGCAGACUUCACAGCCCAGACCGCAGCCAGCGGCGGCUCCGGAAUCAUUGCUGGUGGCGCCAACGUCAUCCCCAAGACGUGCGUCAAGGUAUGGAACCUGUGGGCAGAAGGCAAAUACACCGAAGCCUUCGAGCUACAGAAGGUCCUCAGCAAGGGCGACUGGGUCCUCACCAAGGCAGCCAUUCCCGGAACCAAAUCGGCAAUCCAGUCAUACUACGGCUACGGCGGGUACCCUCGCAAGCCGCUGAAGAGGCUUCCAGAGGAGAAGGUCAAGGCCGUCGCAGACGGCAUCGCAGAGGUCAUGAAGGUGGAGAAGAGCUUAUGA